UUUCACCUCCCCUGGCAGCCCGGGUCCUCCCAGCCUGGCCCGGCCGGUGUGCGGCUCGGCUUCUCCUACCUCGUCGCCCAGAGUCGCAGCGGAGUGGCCGCUCGCCGUCCGGGUCGCCAUGGCUGGGUACGAGUACGUGAGCCCGGAGCAGCUGGCUGGCUUUGAUAAGUACAAGUACAGUGCGGUGGAUACCAACCCGCUCUCUCUCUACGUCAUGCACCCAUUUUGGAACACUAUAGUGAAGGUUUUUCCUACUUGGCUGGCUCCAAAUCUGAUAACCUUUUCUGGCUUUCUGCUGGUCGUAUUCAAUUUUCUACUUAUGGCAUACUUCGAUCCUGACUUUUAUGCCUCAGCACCAGGCCACAAACAUGUCCCUGACUGGGUUUGGAUCGUCGUGGGCAUCCUCAACUUCACCGCCUACACGCUCGAUGGCGUGGAUGGGAAGCAGGCCCGAAGGACCAGCUCCAGCACCCCUCUGGGGGAGCUGUUUGACCACGGCCUGGACAGCUGGUCGUGCCUUUACUUUGUUGUCACCGUGUACUCCAUCUUUGGCCGAGGGCCGUCCGGCGUCAGCGUGUUUGUUCUUUAUCUCUUGCUGUGGGUAGUUUUGUUUUCUUUCAUCCUGUCCCACUGGGAAAAAUAUAACACAGGCAUUCUUUUUCUGCCCUGGGGAUACGACGUUAGCCAGGUGACUAUUUCUCUUGUCUACAUAGUGACUGCGAUUGUGGGAGUUGAGGCCUGGUAUGAACCUUUCCUGUUUAAUUUCUUAUAUAGAGACCUAUUCACUGCAAUGAUUAUUGGUUGUGCAUUAUGUGUGACUCUUCCAAUGAGCCUAUCAAACUUUUUCAGAAGCUAUAAAAAUAACACCUUGAAACACAGUUCAGUGUAUGAAGCUCUGGUCCCCUUGUUUUCUCCAUGUUUGCUAUUCAUUUUGUGUACAACGUGGAUCUUCCUGUCACCUUCAGACAUUCUAGAGUUGCAUCCUAGAGUAUUCUACUUUAUGGUUGGAACAGCCUUCGCCAAUAACACAUGUAAGCUGAUUGUUUGCCAGAUGAGCUGUACCAGAUGCCCGACUCUGAAUUGGCUCCUGCUUCCUCUUUUCUUGGUUGUCAUGGUGGUUAACAUAGGUGUGAGCUCUUACGUCGAGAGCGUUCUCCUGUACAUGCUGACAACUGUUUUCACGUUGGCCCACAUCCAUUAUGGAGUACAAGUGGUGAAGCAGCUGAGCAGCCAUUUUCACAUCUACCCCUUCUCACUGAGGAAGCCAAACUCAGACUGACUAGGAGCGGAAGAGAUCACUGGCCUGUAAUCCACAGCAAGAAGUACUGUAUAUAAGAAAGAGGCUUGUAAAUAUUUCAUCCAUCACCGCUGAACUAAACCGGCAUGCUUGGUGCACAUGGAGCUUUGUGUGGUACUUGGACAGCAGGAAUGAUACAUGUGAUCUGAACCUGUGGACAUGGGGGCCCGCUAACUCCCAGCUUAUUUUAUAUUUUAUGAAACCACGUGACGUUUUAAUUAAGCAUAAUGUAGGAAAGUGUUCCUAAUGAUUUUAGCUUCAUGAAUCCGUAAUGUUUUGAUUCAUACAGGGUGAAAGAUGCUUUGUUUUUAUUCUCACACCCCCAGCCCCAUUAGAACACUGAUAGCGUUCAGAGAAUCACAACUUAUUUGCUGCUUGUGGCAGCUCUUCAGCUGUGGGAGCUCUCGGUGACCCAGAUCUCAUAACGGGAGAGAUGGGAACAAGUCACCCUCAGCCGGAGAUGCCAGGUGAUUACAGAACAGAGUACAGCUGCCAAAUGCCGGUCUCUCUUUCCCAGGGGAAUGCCUUUUGUCCUCUCAUCUGGGAGCUCAGACAGGCACAUUUAGAUCCUCUAGUAUUCUGGCUGUCUUUGCCACAGAUAAGAUUGUGAUGGAGGACUUAAUUUUCUUUAAAAGAAAAUUCUUACUGUAGAGGAUGGGUCAUGACUGUGGCUCACCCCUUGGCUGUUCCAGUGCUUAAAUGUGGCAUAUUUCCCCUCAGCUGCACGUGGCUGAGUUUUGGUGCCUAUAAACUAUGGUUACAUGAAUGCACGUGGUAGUCUCAAUCUUAGGGUAGUUACUUGUGAAGACCACAGCUAGGCAAGUUUACUUUGGAGUUGGGAAUCUCAUGAACCCGCUAUGAAAUCAGUUUACUGAUUCACUUUGUCCUUCCCUCCCCUCUCUCCUUUUUAUAGAGGAGGGAGUAAUUUUUUUUUCAUACAUGAUAAAGAACUAGAGAAAUCCUCCUCUACUUUGAAGAAGAAGAAGAAGAAAAAAAAAAAAAAUAUAUAUAUAUAUAUAUGCCUUACUGAAUAUACUCCUUUCGAUAAAAGUUGGAGUAAUUUUUGAGGUUAACUGACAAACAUAAGAAUCCCUUGGACUUUAAUGUGAUUGUUUUAUAGAUCAUACCUUUUCAUGAAUGUGGAUAUUUUUAUUUCUUUUUCACUUUGUUCUUAGUUUGGUGGUGGUGAAAUUUACUUGCUGAUUUUCUUUUGUUUUCCACGGAAUGAAGUAUGUGCUUGAAUGAAGAGUGUAUCUUAAACCCUUUUUUUUUUUUGGACAGGUUGCACUUGGAUAUAAUAGGCACCACUCUGUUCAUAUGUAAUUAAAUUCAUAACCAUUAUUUAUGAAUGUGACCAUUGUUGAACCUAACUGUUGUGUAUUCCUUUACUGAACCUCAUUCAGUCUGCUGCUCUGUAAGAAUAACCAUGGGACUGAUUUUCUUCAUUUUUUGAAUUUGUAUAUUCUGAUCACUGCACCCAGGUUAUUAGAAGCUGAGGAAUCAAAGGAGCUAACCUGCGGUUCUGUGCACAUUUAAAAAAAUAUUUUUAAAGGUUGGUGACUUUCUUUGAGGCAAAAAUGAACACUAAAAAAUAGAUAAGAAGUUGAAUUAGGAAAAUAUGGGUGAUGGUUCCAUUUUUGUCACUAGAUUGUCAUCACGGGGUUCAGAGAAUGAACCAAUUACGUGAAGGUUUGCUUACCUUGUCCUGUGUCACCUGGAAAAUUAAACUGGAUAAAGUGCUAAUUUGGGGUGAGAACCAAACUUUUGUUUUUAAAGUUUUGAAGGUAACAAUGUUUUUUAUUUGCUUUGUACACAAGAAUGAGAUUGGUCUGUGUUAUGUAAGAGCUGACAAGUAUUUAUGAAAUGACACAUGUAAAUCACAGGUUUCCCCCACUUUGUGCAUUGUAGUUAAAAACACAAAAAACUGGCAUAAGGUCAUGUCCUAUAAUUGUGGAGUCGGCUUUACCUUGGUAUGUUUCUGCUCUCUUUCUGUUACAUCAAGCUUAUCUGAAAGUUGGUUUGUGCCUACACUUUAUGACGUACUUCCCUGUAGUGUAAGGAAACGUGCCAUUCUCAAUUCUGUUGACCUCACUGGGUGAAGGAAAGUUGGCCAUCAAGGUAAGAAUGAUCUGGAACAAUGAGCUGUGUUAGGAUACUGUGACUUCCGAGUCCUUAGAGUCUGGUUGACGUUUUUCCCUGGUUACCGCCUGCCAUCUUGAAGUGCAUCUUGAAACGCCCCUUGAUUAUGUAGUGCUGCAGCAGCUGAGGCAGGACUUAGUUAGAAAAUAGCCCCCCUGCCUUUAUGUCAUGCCAACUACAACAGUUCCAAAGUCCAAAGGACAUUUCUGGCUUAUGCAUGAUAUGUCGGGGUGACUUCACCCCUUAGCCUUUUCUCCCAGCAUACACAGAACUGCCUUGUGGGGGUACAUUGGCAUGUUUUCUGUACGCUACAGAAUGGAGUGCCUUAGCCAGGCUAAGGGGUUUCCUUUGUGUUUCUGGUGACCAAAGUUACAUAGACGUGUGAGAUGUUUAUAUGGUAUGAAACGUAUCCCUUCAUGCCUGUCAGAAAAUAAUUAAGGGGAGCAUGAGAUACAUAAAUUUACAACUCCCCGGAGUAUGUUUAUAUUGUCUUUUGUGAGUCUAUAGUAAUAAGAUCCUAUUGCAUUGUGCAGUAUAUAAAAAUUUCACAAUAAAUUUUCAUUCCUCCACUGAUGCAUUAUAGGUUUAGCUUAUGAGACUGAGUCUUAAAGGUAGUAGAAUGCAUACCUUCCAAAUACAAUAACCAAAUAGUCUUCCUUGACAUUUUAAACAAUAUCACAGUUUUAAGUACUUUUGAUUUUAAAAAGGAACAAAAUGCCGAUUAUGGUCUUGAAUGUUACAGAAUGUAUUGCAGACAUAUUAUAUCAAUCAGCAUGCUACUUAUUCAAAUACUAGUUCCUGGUAAGAGGAGUGGAUGUAUAGAGCUGCCCAAAUUCUAAGUAGGUACCCAAAGAGUAUUGCUCAUGACCUGGAGUCUGGGCAUUGGGGCAGUAAGCAAGGAAAAAGCAGGCAUAGUAUCUAUAUCUACUCAAAGGGUCAGAGGAACUUUCUUUGUGCUCAGUGACCUGUGAAUUUGCAAGUUCCCCAAGUGUUCAGUAUUCAGAGAAUCAGUUUAUUUCAUAGUCCAAAGCAUUUGUGAUGUACUUUGCUUUCCAAAAUAGACUUUGAUUCUAUUUUUGAUUUUUUAAAAAAUUAUCUUUAUUUAUUGGAUAAAGACGGCCAGAAAUCAAGGAAGGGAGGGCUGGUAUAAAGGGACAGAAAGACACCUGCAACACUGCUUCACCACACGCAAAUCUUUCCCCCUGCAGGUGGGGACUGUGUGCUGAAACCCAGGUCCUUGAGCAUUGUAACGUGUGCUCAACCAGGUGUGCCAGCACCAAGAUUUUUGUUUGUUUUGUUUUUUUUUUUCUCAGAGCACUGUUCAGCUCUGGUUUAUGGUGGUGCAGGGGAUUGAACCUGGUACUUUGGAGUCUCAGGCAUGAGAUAGAGACUUUGAUUCUAUGACAUAUGAAGGGUGAAAAGAUAAUCUUAAGGUAUUUGAAUCAAAGGCUGCUUUUCUUCCCCUUUAUAUUUUAACUGUAUGCUUACUGGUAACUGUUCCAUUUCAUUCCUUAGCAGGCUUUCUUUUUAACCAGCCACCAUGUUAGACAAAGGUGCCUCCUUUACUUUGUUGUCUCUAGAUCUUGUCCUCUUCUGAUCUGCUUGGUUUAAGUCUCUGGGCUAAUUGAGGACUGGGGUUGAACCAGAGGUAACUGAGCACAUCUGAUGAGUUACAGCUUUUGAGUUUGGGUCCCCAGAGAAGCCAGAUCAGAUAGGUCUUGGGUUAUGUUGAUCCCUGUGAGUGGCCUUCAUCUUGACCUUGGUCCUGGGCCACAUUGAGCUCUCUAAGAAUAUUUGUGAAGUCAGAUUAGAAUUUUCUCUUGCCUAUCAGGUGUCUUUGUAAAGGCAGCAUGCCCUGUCUUGAGUACCCUGUGGGUAAAUGACCUUAUUAAAGUCACCUGUGCCAGUCCUAGAAGCUUCCAGGAAGAAUUUUAACUAGUAUGCUGCAUUUGGAAGCACUCUGACAUGUACGUUUAAAGUGACAGUUUUAAACACAAAUGGUGUUGACUUUAAUCACCAUGAAAACUGGCAGUGAUGGUGUGUACAUUUUAGGAAGCUUAAGUCAAUUUUCGGUUUCCCCUGUCAAUUAUGUGAUCCAUGUGAAUCCAGUAUUUUCUUUUUCGCCUUUGACUGGUACAAGUGACUGGCACGGGCAGCAGUGACUUUCGACAUCUGAGAAAUCAGACUUCUUCAGAGAAACUGCUGAUGCUAUUCGCUUCUUCCUUGACUGGAGCCAUGGAAAUUGGAUGAACUGAUCAGUUCAUUUCCAGUGUUCUUUAGAGUGCGAAAUCCAUGUAGCUCCCCCCUCCCCCCUCGCAUGCAAGUUCUUGGCUUUGCUCUUUAAUAACCAAAGCUGUAAGAGAAUCAUCUAGCCAAAUCCACUUGUUUUGCUUUUAAGGAGGAAUUUGCUCUUCACACAGAAAGAUCUUAAAGAAGUUCAUCCUUAGAGCGGCAACAGAAAUCCUGCUGUUGGCAGCCCUCACACAGGUGGACUGAGCAGGCAGAUCUUACUACACUUGGUCAGAAAGGGCGACUUCCCAGGACGGACAAGGAACAGAACAACUGUUUUUUUUUAGAGUAUUUGAACAAGGACCUGUCUUUCCAGGAAAGUCCAUUUGGAGGGUUAUCUGGUCUACAAAAGACCAGACAACUUUGUCUUUCUCUUCCCAAAACCAUUCUCAGGAAGCACAGCUCGGAUCAGUGGUGCUGUUUUGAAAACAGGUGUAUUGGAUUGUGGCCCUGGAGUACUGGAAGGCGUCAUUGAAAUCGGAGAUGACUAAAGACACUAGUUGUGGCUCAGUGCCGUGGCUGCACGUGCUUCUUUGGCUCAGAUCUUCUCUGGAGCAGUUUGUAUGGAUAGUAGAAUCCGCUCUGGUUCCCGCCCGCCCCCCCCCCCCCCCCCCGCCAUUAAAGCAUACAAUUCACCAUGCAUUGCAGAUUUGAAUGUUCCUCACAAGCCCCUUGUUAAUGUGCAUCAAGAUUCAGUUCUUGACCCAGAAUGGGUUUGGUAGUAGGUGCUGCUGGGCAGGCUAUACGAGGAGCCCGCUUUAAUUCUGCCAAGUCAGUGAAUGCUGCAUCACAAAUCUGUUUGAAUCUUUGGCAUCAUUCAGUUAUCGGCCUUUGAGCUGAACAACUGAGGCUGCUGCCCACAAUGUUAAUGUUUUCUUUUUUUUUUUUUUAAAUAUAUUUUUAUUUAUUAUUGGAUAGAGACAGAGAGAAAUUGAAAAGGGAGAGGGAGACAGAGAGGGAGAGAGUCAGAAAGACCUCUGCAGCCCUGCUCCACCACUUGUGAAGCUUUCCCCCUGCAGGUGGGGACCAGGGGUUUAAACCUGGAUCCUUGUGCACUGUAAUGUGAGCACUUAACCUGGUGCGCCACCACCUGGCCCCUGUUAAUGUUUUCUGUAGGUUACUUUGUUUAGAUAACUCCUUCAAGACAUAGACUCAGCUACCUGAAAUGAUCUUGCUCUUUCUGAAAUGUGCCAAGAGAGCAGAAUUCAGUAUUAAAACCCCAAAUUCAGAUUUUGAAAGCAGCAUUUAUUUGUAUUGCUUCAUUUCUAGACUCACUGCUCCCUGUCUUCUCCCCCUUCCCUUCCUACCUACCUUGUACUCAGUUAUAGAAAAAGACAUUGCUACUUCUCUGAGUCAGGUUUCAUGGCAAGGAACUAAGAAUGGCUGUAGGAAUCAUGACCGCACCGAUUAUUGGUGGUUUAGCUCUGUCCUGUUGCAGUUUGCUUUCUGGAUUAUUCUGAAACAGGGAUGAUUCCAUCCCUUCUCAGGUACCUUGGAACACUACCACUCGGGCAGCUGGAAUAUGUUUAUUAGGAGAUACAGAGUAUAUGAUAGAGAGAGAUGGAGAGGAGCACGGACUCUGAUUUGCCCUUUCACAGAGUUUGAUUGAACAUACUGUAAAUGCUCUGUCUAGGACUUGCUGUGAUCAUAGUAAACAAUGUAGCAUUUGUUUUAUCUGAUUAUGUGUGCAUAUAUUUAGCAUGCACACAUAGUCUCUGCAUACAUAUGAUAUAUUCAUAGACAUACAGCCUGCUCUUGAUAACAGCAAAGUGGCAAGCCUUCGCGGACAGUCUCUUCAGGCUCACUUAGUGUGCACGCAACCCCUAACUAUGCAGACUCUUCAUCCAGAACCACAGUCUUUCCAACUUCAGUUCCCCUCAGUCAUCUCCUGUUUUCAGGGAUUGGGUGAACCAGAAAGACAGCUUUCAAGAAGGAUGGCUAUUUGCACUGGGCCGAGGCAUUCCUGGCUAGAGGCAGCUCCCAGAGCUGUGCUCUUGGUCUUGUUCAGGCAGAGGCCUACCUCUCAACUGCCGGAAUUCCUUGGCUAGAAUGUGUCGUCUUAGAUAACCAGAUGUACUCUAGAGGACAGUGUGCUGUCCACAGUGCCAGCCCAGUUCAA